CCUCCAGGAGCUGUCAGCCUAUCAGAGCAGCCCUGUGCUACUGCUCUGUGUAUAAAAACCUCUCAUUACCUCUGACAGAGCACAACAGACAUUAGCAGAGCACAGAACCACAAGAGACACAAAGAUGAUUCCUCAGCAUGUCCUGCUCAUGCUGGCUAUUUCAAUUCAGGUAACAGACAGCUUCCCCGCUGAUGUCAGAGGAACAAGGAAGUAUGCCUCCUGGGACGACGUGAACGUGGUGGCCCACGGCCUCCUGCAGCUGGGUCAGGGUCUGAAGGAGCAUGUGGAUAAAACAAAUGUCCAGAUGAGAGAUAUCAAUGCCAAACUGAAAGUCUUCAACAACACGCUGUAUGCACUGGACAGAGGGGAGAAAGAGGCUCUUAAGGUGAAGGAGUGGAAGGAAGCAGAGCAGAUGAGGAGGCAGAGCAAAGAGAUACAAGCCAAGGUGACCCGAUUGGAGGAGAAGGUGGAGGAUAUGCUGACAGAACCACAGCUGGACAGCGACUGGAGCAAAAAUGGUGGCCUCCCAUCCGUCCAGAGGAUUUUAGCUGCACAGAGCAGACGCAUUGACCAGCUAGUGCAGAAGAUUCAGCAGCAGCAAGACAAAUUGGAGAAGCAGAGCAUGCGCCUGCAUGCUCUGCAAGGUUGCAAAGAAGAUGGUGAAAUCCCACCGACACAGAGAAAUGGCUUUGGAACACUCACAGGUGAGCUUGCUGUAUGGUCAAGUAUGAUCCAGAAGUCUGAGACUAUUGAUGCAUCAGGUGAGUUUUGGCCAGGCCAGGAGAAGAUCCACACUCUGUCUAAUCAAGGUCAGAGCGUCCUGCAGGUGGAGGUCACUGACUGGACAGAUCAGACACAGGUUGUGCGCUACAGUGUCCAAGUUGACGGAGAAAAGAAGAAGUUUGCGCUGCACCUCCAGUCUGAUUCUUCCACUGGAAUUCAGACAGGAAGCACAGAAGUUCCUUUCUCUACAUCUGACAGGGACAACGACCUGGCGGCAGAGGUCAACUGUGCUCAGAAGCUCUCAGGAGGUUGGUGGUUCAGUGACUGCGGAGCAUCAAGCCUCAAAGGAAAAUAUGCCAGGCGACACCGGUCCAUGGAUCAAGGGAUGUUUUGGGAAAACAGCUCUCUAACAGCGACACUCCUGAAAAUCGGCCCAGCUGCAAUGCAGCAAUGAGGGAACCAACCUCAAGAAAAAUUAAAUGUUCAUAAUGUUGCAGUUGGAAUACACUGGCUGUAAACAUGCACAAAUUCAAUAAGAGUGAGGAUCAGCUAUUUCUAUGCUAUGCUAUAUGAGAUUUUAUUCCCAGUCAAAUUGGCGUAAAAUUAUUCCCUUUGUGAGGGUUUUCCCCUUUCUUUUCUGUUUGUUUUAUAAUACUUUUGUAUGUCAUUGACACUUCAAACUACUUUAAUACCAUUUUAAAUUAAGUGGGUCAAAAUAAAGGUACUAAAUGUUAAAACUGGCUCAGUGUUUUACUUAAAAGAACUUGGUAAUUGGUAGUUUAUUUGAUGGUAAAACAUAAACUAAGGAGGCUGAAGUUUAUUUAACUCUGACAACAUACUGAAACCCUGUCAGUCAAAUGCUUUCAAUAAAGCCGCUGUCUCUGUGCUAAGCAGUCGACAGAGGUGACCUUGAUAAACCCGCAUAUGGCUUUCAAAGGUGUCUGUCUUCAUAUAGUGUAGUUUGAAUGACAACUCAUGCCUCAGUGUGUUUGGUUGUACUAUUUCUCCUUGUUUUCAGA